GUAAGUUUGUACUGUAGCAUCGUACUAACCCAGCUACCACAACCAAGCAAGACCUUCACCUUUAUCAGGAAAUCCAAAGACUAUUACCGCUUUGCCGCGCCGUGCUUUUAAAUUGACGAUCAAGCAAGCAACCCGGUUACCAGUUAGCUGAGCUGAGCUGAGUGCGCGAGAGGGAAAAGAUUUGCUUUGCUCAUAAUUGUCAACGCCAAGCGCUGUACGAUUAUACUCUCCCCCGACAAAACAACAUGAAGUUGCUUCAAGCUGUUUCGUUCCUCUUGGUGGCCAACAUGGCUGCGGCCGACCAUGGCGUGACCGCACUGCAAGCUUUCUGUGGUGUGGAAACCAUGGGGGCUGACCCCCUCAAUGGCGCCGGUGCCUUCUGCGAGGCGAAGGACCUCACCCUGCCCACCAAGGACGAAGUCUGCAAGUAUUCCAUGGACUCCCCCCUUGGCUAUGAAAUGGUGUCUACAAGCGACGCAGGAACUAUUGAUGUUAGCGUUGCCUGCGCCCCUCCGAAUCCACCAAAGCCACCUUCAGAUCGCACCCUCAACCAGUGCCCACAGUACGCCAAACCAGUCGAAGCUGGUGUGCCUCUGGAUACCUCAAUUCCCGAAAUUGACAAGUGCCAAAUGAAGCGCAAAGAUUCAAUGUUGAAGUACUCGCCCAACUUUCCCAAAGACAGGCCUGAUGUGUACAUCGAAGUUAAGAUCAAGGAACCUCCUUACCACACAUUCCAGUUUUACCCUUCGCUGUAUCCCGAUUUUGGCCCCAGCAAGAAAAAAGAAGGUGAAGGUUAUGUUCCUAUCGUUAACAAAACCGUCUAUGAUAUUCUCUACAGUGUUCAACCAGAUGAGGGAGGGCAAGGUUUCAACUUCCGAUACAUCAGCAAGAAUGGACCUGGAGCGUGGCAAUCGUGCUCCUAUUCCCCCAUUGCCUUUGAUAUUGGUAUGGAUGGGAAAGUUGGGCGCAUUGAAGACACAGUCAAUGGAUACAAGAUUGAUAUUACUGGUGAUGGAGAGAUUGAACACUUGAAGGGAUGGUUUGCCCCCGAUGAGGGAAUCUUGAUUGAUUUACACGAUGAAGAAGGAUUGGUCGACGUCUCAGGUAUCCACAUGAUGGGUGAUAUGGGUGGCAAGUACACUGAUGGUUUUGCAAAGCUCAAGACUUACGAUGCUAACUGUGAUGACAAGCUUGAUGGCGAAGAACUUGAUGGUCUCUACAUUUGGGUGGACAAGAACUCCAACCUCGAGAUUGACAACCCAGAUCUUCUUGACGAUCCUGCCGGCGAGAUGUUCACUCUUGGCUACUACAAGAUCAAGUCUCUGAAUACCAUCCAUGAUGACCUCAAAUCCUGUGCCGAAUUGGAGGAUGGUUCCCGCAUGCUUAUGCAUGAUCUCUGGUUUGAUGGAUUCGACGAGCGUCGUCGUCUUCAAAGUCUGAGAGGUCGUCGUCUCUUGGAGUCACGACAACUUGGUGGUGAUGACUCCAAGGACAAGUCUAUGUCCAAGGACAAGUCGGACUCCAUGGAUACCAAGUCCGGUUCCAAGGAUACCAAGUCCGGUUCCAAGGAUACCAAGUCCGGUUCCAAGGAUACCAAGUCCGGUUCCAAGGAUACCAAGUCCGGUUCCAAGGAUACCAAGUCCGGUUCCAAGGAUACCAAGUCCGGUUCCAAGGACUCUGGUUCUGAUGAUGGUGAGGCGGCUGUCUCGCGAGAAAAAUGUGAAGCUGCAAUUUUGUGUGGCCCCAAGCCCAGCACCCCUGAACCAAAAACACCCGAAGAGCCUGAAACACCCGAAGAGCCUGAAACACCCGAAAAGCCUGAAGCACCCGAAGAGCCUGAGGGAUGUGGAGCAAAGCCAAUCCCCGAUCAUCUCCCUAUUGGAGGAUAUUAUGAGGGUGGUGGAGAGAUUAAGGGAUCCUGCGGCAUUGCAUCCUCGAUUGUAUUCGACGUCACAUGUAAUGCUGACAAAUCAGCCACUCUUACUUGGUCUGGUGAAGGUUCCUCCAAUGUUGUGAUCAAGAUGAAGGGUGGAAAUGGUGGAAGAUUGUAUGGCGAAGGCCACAAUGGAAUGGAUUUCUUCGCUGGUCUCACUAAAUCAGGAAACCAAGCAGGCAUCAGUCACAUUGAAGUCUGUCUCAAUUGUGUUGGUUCUGAUUGCGUUCCUGAAACCCCAGAAGAGCCAGAAGAACCUGAAACCCCAGAAGUGCCAGAAGAACCUGAAACCCCAGAGGUUCCAGAAGAACCUGAAACCCCAGAAGAGCCCAAGUCUGGGUCCAAGUCCAAGUCUGGAUCGAAGGAUGAGCCCAAGUCCGGAUCCAAGGAUGACAAACCCAAGUCCGGAUCCAAGGAUGACAAGUCCGGAUCCCCAAGUCUGGAUCCAAGGAUGACAAGCCCAAGUCCGGAUCCAAGGAUGACAAGCCCAAGUCCGGAUCCAAGGAUGAGCCCAAGUCCGGAUCCAAGGAUGACAAGCCCAAGUCCGGAUCCAAGGAUGACAAGCCCAAGUCCGGAUCCAAGGAUGACAAGCCCAAGUCCGGAUCCAAGGAUGAGCCCAAGUCCGGAUCCAGGAUGA